AUGAAAAUUCACAGUUUUCUUGCAGUUCUAGCUGUGGGACAAGCCGGCAAGAAGGAAAAAACUCGAGAUCCGGAAAAGCACCUUCGUCAUAUCGUCAGGCAGACAACAAGCUUGCUCGGAGAAAUGGCCCCUUAUUUGCGAAAACAUGAAGACUGGGAGGCAAAAUUUAAGAGAAACGCGGACAAUUUGCUUGCAACUUACAAGCGAACCCGACAUAGAUGCGAUCUUAUCCAAGAACGAAACGGCGCAAAAGAAGGAAACCGUCGGCGGCGUAGAGAAGUAGCGAGACCAUUCUUUGAGUCUGUCCUGAGUGUCGAGAAGACUAAUCGAUACGACAUUUCGUUGGCCAUCAAACAGGUGACCACGCGAUUUCGACGUUGGGCAGACGCGCAUGUUGCUGCUUGCCGAGGAAAUAAGAAGCACAAGCGUCAGCAACAAAAAAUGGCCAAGUGGAGAAAGAAACUAACAAAGCACUGGAAUGAACACAAAGCUGCACUUCAAUCGCUUUGA